UUUUAAUUCGCUCAUGCACAGUUCUGUAAAUCCUACUCAUCUUCGCUACCUAAAACUAACAGCCAAGGAGCUGCAAGGAGAUUUGCCUCAGUUUUUGAGCAAUUUUUGCCACCUUCAAGUAUUAGAUGUUGGCUCAAAUUACCUUAAUGUACCUCAUAGCAUGAAUAAUCUUGUCAGUUUGCGCCAUCUUGUGGCAGUUUCCAUUGCUAGAAUUGGCAAGUUGGCCUCACUUCAGACACUAAACAAUUUCAGCGUAGAUGAUUCUGAUGGCUUUCGGAUUAUAGAACUUCAAUCCAUGAACGAUCUUGCCCAGCUUAGGAUUUCUCAACUUCAAAAUGUUAAAACUCGGGAGGAGGCUUGUGGGGCAGGACUGAGAUAUAAACGACACUUGGAAAAGCUGCACUUGUCCUGGAAUAUGUCAGAUGUUGAAUCUGACUCGGAUGGCAGCAAUGAAUCUGACUCGGAUGACAACAAUGAAUCUGACUCGGAUGACAGCAAUGAAUGCGAGAAUGUCAUGAGCUCUGAACCUUCUACCAGCAUAGAAACAGAGGAGUGCUUGCCAACAGAGGUGCAUAUGGGUCUUGCAAGUUCUACCAGCAUCGUGGAAAUGGAGGAACGCUUGCUAACACAGAUGAAUGAGGUUCUUGAACCUUCUACCAGCAUAGAAAAUGAGGGGUGCUCUCCGGCAGAGGUGCUUGAGGGUCUUAGACCAUACAACAACCUAAAGCAUCUUGAGAUAUCUGGAUAUAAUGGUGUUACCUCUCCUUCUUGGCUUGCUAGCAAUACCUCUUUACAGACUUUGUAUUUGGAUAGCUGUAGAAAAUGGCGGAUACUUCCAUCUCUGCAAAGGCUUCCGCUUCUUAGAAAAUUGAAGUUAAGAGGUAUGCCAAAAGUAGUAAAAAUAUCAGUUCCUUCAUUAGAGGAGCUGCUGUUAAUUGAAAUGCCAAAGUUGGAGACAUGCUCCUGCACUUCUAUGAGGGAGUUGAACUCUUGUUUAAGGGUUCUGAAAAUUAAGAAUUGCACUGUACUGAAGGAGUUUGAUCUGUUUGGGAACAGCCAUGAAUUUAAAAUUGAGCUGAAGUCAUGGUUGCCACGUAUUUGGGAACUCAUUAUCCACAACUGUCCUCUUUUGCUGGUAUCACACCCUUUACCAUCUUCAAGUACUGUUUCUAGGAUUUCCAUGAGCGGAAUUCCAAAAUUUCCAAGAAUAGAUUCACGGUCCUGCGGAAGUUUAACCAUCGGCGAGGAUCCUGAGAUGUCUGAUUCUGAUGAUGAAUAUGGUUCUGGUGAGGAUCGUUUUGACAAGUUCUCUGAUAAUCUAUCAGUGUUAGAUGGAAAUAUUUUGGCAUUCCAUAAUCCAAGGUUCCUGACAAAGUUGACAAUAAGUCGUUGCCGAAAUCUAAUGUAUAUUUCAUUCAAAGGAUUAAGUCAACUUGUAUCCUUAAAGAGACUGGAAAUAGUGGACUGUCCAGAACCUUUUGGUUUCAAUGUUCCACCAGACCAUACCCAUGAAGAUUUAUUUGAAGCUGAUACCCAUGAAGAUUUGACAGCUGCAAAUUGGAAUGCCCUCCCAUCUCUUGAAUAUUUAGAGAUUUUUUCAUGUGGAAUAACGUGGCAGUGGCUAUCUGUGAUUCUACAACAUGCGCCAGCACUAACGGAAUUGAAUUUAAAGAACUGCCCAGAAUUGGAAUCUCUACAACUGAACUCCUGCACGACACUGCAAAAGUUGAGGGUAUAUAACUGUGAAUCGCUCGGCACACUAGAGGUCUUGCAAUCCCGUUCCCUCAGGGAUAUGGAAGUAUAUCAUGUCCCAAAAUUGAAAUCCCUACAGCUGCACUCUUGCACGGCAAUGGAAGAGUUGGUCAUCCAUGGAGCUGCAGUCUGCAUGCUAAGGGGCUCGCAAUCACUCAGGCAGUUGCGACUCCAUGCAAGCCAGUAUUUGGAAUCUCUACGGCUGCACUCCUGCACGGCACUGCUAAUGUUGGAUAUUCGGAGCUGCACAUCACUCUCUACACUGGAGGGCUUUCAAUCCCUUGGCAGCCUCAUGUAUUUGUAUCUACGGGAAUGCCCUUGCUUGCAUUCAUGUUUGGAGGGUUUGCCAGUGCAGGACUACGAAUUAUGCCCUCAACUGAAAUAUCUUUCUAUUAGUGACUUCUCUUUCCUUGCCACGUCUUUCUGCAAGCAACUCACAUCACUCCAGAGCUUAGAAAUUAGUGGUUUUGAAAAAGAAACACCAGCAGAAGGACUAACAGAUGAGGAAGAGACAGGGCUUCUGCUCCUCAGUUCCCUUACAGAGCUCCGAUUUAUGUGUUACAAAUAUCUCAAAGAUCUUCCUGCAGGCCUGUACAGACUUCGCUCCCUCCAGGUGUUGGAUAUUUCAUUUUGUCCGAGCAUCUCAGGAUUGCCGGACCUCCCGCCUUUUCUAGAGGAGUUGAAAGUCUUCCGGGGCAGUGAGGAGCUGAAACGUCAAUCCAAAUCGCUAGUGUCAAGCAAGUUAAAGGUCAAAAUUGACGACCAAUAUGUGAGCUGAUUACUCGUGGCUUGUUAUGCACACAUGCACAACAGAUACAGUUGUAAACUUGUACUGCUUUUGAGUUCCUCGACAGGUUUGUUUUCACUUCAGAACCUCAUCCUCUUGUGAUUUGUUUUGCUGCCAUAUCAACAGGAACUCCAAGACACAAUUUCCAGGAUGUGUUGUGCUGUUCAUCACAAGUUGGCCACAAGAAGCUUAUUCAAAACUUCCUUGAUACACUAGCCAGAAAUACUCUGCAGCUACAGUAAUGCACUUUGUAUUUCGGAACUCCACCUCUUAGCCAGCAUAUGUUGCUCCAUCAGAAUUCAGGGCGCGUCGGCAGACACUGAUUUGCUCAUAGAUUUGAAUAUGCGACCUUGCUGGGUUUGGCUACAAAUUUUUUUUCAUUGUAAUAUGUACGUUCCAAGGAAUUCGUUUUGUUUUGUGGUUUCUUUUGUGAUGCCACAAGACCAACGUGUUGUGCUUCAGACAGUGCGUGGUUAUUCAGCCAGUUUUGCUCCAGAGCUAUAGAGGAACUAAAUCUUGUUGAAUCGACACGAUUCUGAAUUGAGUCGUUCGCUCCUUUGCGCCUUUGUUACAGGCUGAAGGCGACUUUGCGUCUCCAAGUUCCA